AUGGUCCGACUGGACACCCCAGAUCUGCUCUCGCAGAUGUCUUCACUUUCUCAGCCAGAUUCGAGCCAGCAAGGCAACGCGGGCGUCUCCCAGUGCGAUGUGCAACAGACUCUCUCUGCCACCAUCAACUACAAUUCCUGGCAGCCCAGCGGGCAGGUUCCAACUUCGACGUCUAUGGAUGCCGUCGAAGAUUCUUUUGCGUCGUUUCAGCCGUCUAUCCGUGUUCAGAACAUGUCGUAUCCUGCGAACGGCCACUUUCAGCCUCAUCUCGCUGGUGAUCUGUCUUCGCAGACCUCUAGCGCAUCCAUCUUGAACGAUGUUCUCUCCAGAGAGUCCAUCUCCGAUGCACCCACCCGCCGCGAGAGCCAAGGCAGUCAAGUGACGCAGGCAAAGAGGCAGAGCAUGGCACGCGUCGCAAAUGCACCUUCUACCGUGCAAUCUGCGCCUGCACGCAACGGCACGGACGUGUCGGCAAUCGCGAGUUCGACUGAAGCCGUCCACGGGGCUGGCUGGAGACCGGGCCAAGGAAAUCCGCUCAAGAACAUCGAAGCUGCUAUUCAAAGCUUCUGGCUGGUCUCGGAGAACAGGAUGCAACAGAUGCACGAAGAGCUUCGCUCAGUGUCAGUUCUCGUCAACUCCUCUCACUUCGGGCAGGAGCAGACCCGCCGGCAUGUCGCGGAGAUCCUGGCGCUUCAGGUACAGAUCACUGAGAAGACAGUCCGGGCCGCCGACGAGAGGAAGUUCAUCUUUGGUCGCAUCAAGACGCUCGAAGAGAAGAUGACCACACAGCAUACUCAGGUCCAGGAGGCGCUUGACCUAAUGCGGAAAGAGCUCAAGGAGGGCUUGGAAUCGAUCGUCGAGCUGACCCAGAAGGGACGUAAGCCGCCGGCGGCCAAGAGUGCAGGCAAUGGAGCAGCGGCCAAGAACGGCAAGGCAGGCAGCCCCACGAGCAAGAAGACCGCUACGAGUGCAACCAAUGCCAAGAAGCGCAAGCAAUCGUCCGUCGAAGGGAUCGAGAAUGUCUGCACCCCAAGCGCUGACGUGGGCCAGCCUUCGACGCUGCGAUGA